AGAGCAGUGAAGUGGAAAUAUGGGUGAGCAUCAGAGAAAGACAGAAAUAGAGCGAUAAAGCAGUGAAUUAGGCAGAGGGAGGAGGAGGAGAAACACAGCCUUUCACUGAGGCGGUGAUGCUUCCUGCAGACAUUGUGAUUUCCUCGUAGCAGAAAGCUCUCGUCGUGUGUGGAUCUGAGGACCUCGUGGAUUUGCUCCCGACUGAGUCUCAGUGGAAUUCACCGCAUCCAAAACAGCUGCAGACGGAGGAUGCGACUGCGGCUGGACGCCGGGAUCCAUGUGGGCCUGUGACGUCUGCGCUCCCCUCCGUGGCUACCUUCUUCCCCAUCAGGAUGGCUCCAGCGGCACUGACCCAGAUUGUGGAGUCCUGGCUCCUCGCUGUGCGCUGCUCCUCGGGUGGUCUGUGCAUGUGAUGCGGACGAGGCAUGCUCCACACCUCGGCGGAGACCGCUCAGCCCGCUGCAUCUGCUGACAUCUGUCUCCGUGGAUACACACAGCGACCGGCAGGCGACGCCAUCGAGACUGAUCCAUAAUAAUAAUCCCCAGCUGGAGAACAAACAACAUCUGGGCGUGGAGAGAAGGGAGAGGGCGAAGUCUCAGCAGGGUGGGCGGCAGAUGGUGACACUGCAGCAGCACUUCUCCAGCAUGGAGGAGACGGUGCGAACGCUACUGCAGAACCAGGACUCACUGGAAGGGCCCAAGGUGGACCCACUGGACCUCAUGAAAGCAUACAAGGACAAACUCCUGGAGGAAAUGUGGAAGCAGCAGGACAGUCUGGAGGGUCCCACAGCCACAGCGGCAGAGAUGCCUGCCUCGCCGGAGGCCGGCGGAGGGUCGGAGGAGAAUUCAAAGGACAGCAAUCCCCUGCUGGAGCGACUCAGAGCCCUGGAGGCGGAGAACUCUGCUCUGUCGAUGGAGAACGACAAUCAGAGGAAGCAGUACGAACGCUGUCUGGACGAGGUGGCGAACCAGGUGGUCCAGGCCCUCCUCACACAGAAGGACUUGAAAGAGGAGUGUGUGAAGCUGCGGACCCGCGUGUUUGACUUGGAGCAGCAAAACCGCAUCCUGAGUGUGCUGUUUCAACAGCGUGUCAAAAUGUCCACGAUUCCUGUCUCCCAGGAGGUCCAACGAAAUGGAAAAGCAGGUAUUCCUGCAGGAAGGUGGCCCAGCCUGCUGAGUCUAACAUGCCCACGCAGUAGUGGUAGCGGCAGUGGCAGUGAACUGUCUCUAUCCAGUGCUUGUAGUGAGUACUCCAGUGGCUCCCACACUUGGGCAGAGGGACGUGGAUCCUCCAAGCAGUGUGCUACAAGCCGGGACAAAAGGAUGAGUGCCGGUUCAGUAUCCAGUAAUCAUUCUGCAGCCAUCGAGCAGACAGACCUGGGAUGGAAGGAGGGCCACAUUCUGAAAGGCCUGAAGCGUCUCCAAAUGUGCAGCUCUAAAGAAGCAUCCUCACUUGCAUCUGUACCACACUGCAAAGAUUGUAUGACCUCUAAUGAGGGCAUAUACUCCCUUGGUGUGAAGUGUGGCCCACAAGGGACUACAGCCAAGCAAGUACCACCUACAAGUAAACCUUUCAAGGCCGAUGCCGGAAUUGCUGCCCUUGACUCUGAUGAUGCGGAUGAUGAUUCACCAAAAUUGCAAAGUAGGGAAUCCAAUGAUCAACCAACAAAAGAACUUCUUUGCUUGGAGAAACUGGAUGUCACAAGGGAUGAUGACAACAAUUUUCAAGAAGAUCCUGUAAAACUUGUGGGGAACUCUGGUCAUUUUCCCUCACCUGUCACAGACAACUUCUUAUUUUUGGAAGGCCCCACAAUAAAACCUGGUGUGAGCCCAACAGACAGCCUUACGCAUCUGGAAGACAAAGACUCUCCAGAAAAACACAAGCCUUCAGGCAUGAAGUUGAGUGACAGAAACAAUAACCAGGAAAAGUCUACUGACCGUAAAUCCAGACUUGAUCAUGUCAAAAGGCAACAGGGUAGACUUCCAGUCAAGCAAGUCGAGGCAGGGACAAGUGACGUGAGCUCUUCUAUUCAGCAUUCUGCAACAAGAGCUUUGAGCUGUGUGAGUGUCGCCAGACAGCGCAGCUCCUCAAUGGAGGUUCCUCACUGCAGAGACCAGGCCAGUCAAGCUGGCAGUGAAAGCCAGAACUACACCAUCUCAGAAUUCCCACGAAGGAAACCAAAACCUCAGCCUUGUGACUCAGCAAGAAAGGCUUUCAUUCUGCGGAGCAAGAGUGCCGAUGGAGGACAAGAACAACACAAGCAUACACAUUCUCCUCUCCACCAAAAGCUUAUUAAGGGUCAUGGGUCCAAAGGGCAGUCAAACCCUUCUGGGCACAAUGUUCCUUGCAAAAGGACAAACCUCAGUAAAACACAUGGUUCGAGCAAGGGAGCACUAUCUAAAGUUGAGAAAGAUGAGGACAUUGCACUAUCAGCAAGUUCCAAGUCUCUCAAGAGUGUGCAACAACGAUCUCCCCUUGCUUCCCCUGUGAAGCAUUCAAAGACAUUUAAGCCUCCAGGGAUCAACGAAUGCUCAAAGAGCCCAACAAAAUCACCUUUGCAAAUCACUAGACAUCAAUCAAGCAAUGACUCUGUGGAAGAGAGCAUCUAUGACAACUUACCCUGCUCCCCGCGAAAACAACGACGCCAAGACCAGCACUGUGAUGUUUCCCGUUCAGAACUAAGGUCCCCUUCCCCACCACCACCCCCAGGUCGAACUACUUCUCUUCUCCUUAGACCCAGUUGUGACAGCUUACCCAGAACACAUAAAUCUGCAGGUCAGCCUCAGAGCACUACCACUGGGAAGAUAACACCAAGCACCACCAAGCUACAAUCAAAUCAGAUUUCUUCUAUUUUACAACCUCAACAAUCCAAUACAACAAAAGAAAAUCAACAUACAGCCCCACAAAUGGGCGCUGAAGGUAAGCCAAUGAAAGACAUCCCUGCUAAAGUCUAUCAUACCCACUCGUCCAAGAUACCACCUGCCCCAGUUCAAGAGUCACAACCUGCAGAGUCAGUCCAGUUAUCUAUGGACAGAGCUGCCACAUGCCAUGAUGAAAAUGGUGCUCCCUCUAUGCUGCCAACUCAUAGCAUCUUACAAAGAUCCCAACAGAGCAUUAGUGAGCCAAAACUUUCAGAAGUCUUGCCUCAGACAUAUUCUAAUGUUUACUACCACGGGAUUGCCAAUAAUCUUCAGAGUUCCACCUCAAGAGCUGUAAAAAUGGCUCUUCCUGUAAAUGCUAAAUCUCAUGAAGCAAUCUCUGGACAUGAAACCAGUACCUUCCUCGUUUUUGGAAGACAGAACAAAGAUGAUACAAACCCUACUAACAGAAGUAUCCAGACCUUUCAGACUUUUACAUGUGAUCCCCAGAUGACACAUGAAUGUGGUGCUCAUGACAAAGCCCGCAGAAAGAUUGAGACCCGCUGCAACUCACUGGAUUCUGAGCCCUCAGUUCAGCCUGUUGCAUCUGACAGUGGUGUGAUGUUAGACUGGGGAUUUGAUGAGGAAGGUUGGCUGUUUAAACGGUCUGUGUCUGUGUCAACCAGACCUCCCAUUAAGCCAGUAAUGGGCAUGAAUGGGGCCAAGGCUCGUAGCCAGAGUUUUGGUGCACGCUACAUGGACAGGCCAAGCUUCAACAGAUCUGGAAAGGUCCGUACCCAGAUUAAAACCCACUCAGGGAGCUCCCUGAACUCCCUUAGUGAUGUCCUCCCAGGAAGUAUGAGUUGCUCCAGUAGCUACCAUUGCCCAAUGAAUCGAUCCCUUUUGAACAACUUCUUGAUUGAAGAGGGCCUGGCAGUUCCCUCACAUUUGGGGUCUUCCAGUGAAAGACUUCAAAGUCUUAAACAACAACGAGAGCAGGCUAGGCGCCUGCAAAUUGAGCAGCAGUUUUCAAGCGCCUUUGGUGAACCAGUUUCUGAGGAACCAGAGAGACAAAGUACUAUAACCACAAUCGAAGAGAAAGUGAUGCUUGGCAUAGAGGAGAACUUGCACAAGACUCAGGAACAGGAGAGAAGCGUUGAAGUGAAGCAAAAAUCUGGCUCAACUUUGGCAAAUUGGUUUGGUUUUCGUAAAAGCAAGCUUCCUGCUCCAAGCAACAAAAAGACUGAGCCACCGAAAGUAAAAGAUGAGAAGAGGGAGCAAAAGAUUACAUCGCUUCUGGGAGGAAAGCAGACAAAGUCUGACAAAAAGAGAGACAGAAGAAAAAGCGACGGAAAAGACUGCUCUGUGGGGAGAAGAGAGGCUCAUGAUGCAGUGAGGGCAUGCAUCUCAAUGCCCUGCCCAGGAAUGUCCCUGAAUGAAAUACAUGGACACACUGACAUCGUCGGGGACCCAAAGAUGGUGAACCUGAGGGCCGAUGGUGAAAAUGGAUCCACGGUGAAGAGCCCGAACCAGGAUUCUGUGAUAGGCUUCGGCUGCAAGAUGCGAACGUUGGACAGUGGAAUCGGGACCAUCCCCCUUCCUGAAUCCUGUUCCUUCUUCUCCUCCAUCCUGCACCUCCUCCCCAAAUCUUCAUCAACCCCAGAACAGUCCCUCAGUCCUCCCAGUGUCCCCGGUUCCUCCAGCGAGGACGUGUCUCCUUCCCCAUUACCCCGGUGGAGGAUACCCUCCAGCUUUAAGGACAGCAGCCAUGCAGGGGUGCCAAACUCUUUGUCCGACUCCUCCAUGACCCAUAUCCAGUCAGUGCCUUUCCCCACUGUGGCCUUCCUCCAGCCCAUCCAACCCCAGUCUCAACCCAUUGUGACCUCUGCCAGUGUGUGUGAUACCCAGAGCAGGCUACCCAGACCACCACAAGGUGGAUUGGAACCAAAGAAGUUGACUUAUAUCAAAUCGAAAACACGAACCACUCCGAGCCGACAGAAAGAGCAGACAAGACUUCAGCUUGCCAACUAGUUUAUGAAGUCGAAUGAAUCAACCUGAAGCAAGGAAUCCGGCAAUCGGUUGGAUUUAUCGCUCUGACACACACAUGGAUGAUCCCUAAACCCCACAGUUUGCACACCGAGUCUCUAUCAGGAUGAAACGCUAAAGACUGGAACACAAGUGAGCUUGGUAUUGUAGGCUUCCACCUGUGCUCAGUGCAGUGCUGAGAUACCGAGUAGCCUUUCAGGUGUAGUAAUGAACCUUCUGGCAGCCAUUGUGGAGGUCUGCCGCUCACUGGCAUCAGCUGUGAGCCGCUGAUUGAAUUUCUAAAUGUACGCCUCUGCUGUCUCGCAGGACUGGAGUUAAACACACAUGCUUAUUUUUCUCUGCUGUUUUUCCACCUCGGAGGAGUUAACAAUUUUACAAAAACAUAAAUUUUUGGUUUAUCAGGUAAGCUACUGUAGCACUUUCAUGGCUUCCUGUCUUCACCAUCACCAUAUAAACAUCUGAAGCCAGCUGUCAGCCCGGUUUAUGUUAAAGUUAGUGGCCAGGAGCUGCUUUUUACAUUGCUGUGCCAUAACCACACUCGUUAGCCAGCUAGGCUAGCUGCUCUCAAGCUGCUGUGCAACUAGUAAUAUAUGUAGAGCACAGAGAAAAGCUAAAAGCAUGUACCGCAAAAAACAAUAAUAAUCAGAGGGUCCACUUUACUUAAGUGUAAAGUCCUAAAAGGAUAAACUGUUACAGCAUUACAACUCUAACAGUAUGUACCGACUACAGCAGUGGUGUUGCAACCUGUAAAUUAUCUCACAUGCAACUCAUUUACGUAGGCUCAUUCACCUUGGAGGAAUCAUACGGGCACCUGAAUUACUUCUAUCAGCCAAACAACAAAGCCUUAGCAGACGACUCAAAUCAAAGCAAUGGAAACAUCAGUCUGCACAGUUAAAUAUUGAAAAAACUGGUUAAGGUCUGCAGCGUUAAACUUGUGUUUUGUCACCCUCAACACUACGACUUUUUUUUUAUGACCCAAGUUCCUGCGCUGAAAGUCAAUGUUUCUAGCGAAUGCAAUCCAAAAUGCAUGGGCCAAUAUUGCUAAAGUGUAAGAGACAGAGUGGCUAGUUGAGACAGUAAACCCUUCUCUUAACAAUAUAACUCCUUGUUGUAAAAAGAAAAAAAUGUAUAAUUUUAAAAUUAGCCUGAAAUAUCCUGCAGUCACCACAUUCUUCAUGGUGUACGUUGUAGUUUUUUGAAGCUCUAUGUCGACCUCAAAAUGAAAUCUAUCAGCUAUAAUCCGUAUUAGUUAGGGUUGUGAGUUGUUUCUGCAUCCAUGCUGCAGAAAUGGAUGAGCAUCACUUGAAUAUACGUAUGAAGUUACAGCGAAUAGAAACUGAACGUUCGCUCCUACGAAGUAGACAGGACCCUCAAGACCUUCUGGACUCUAUCAAGGAGUUUUAUCUGCUCUGUUAUAAUAGACGCACAGCAACAUGUUUAAACUUUUCAUACAUAUCUGCUUUUCUAACCAGGUGAAACUGCACUUAUCCACUUUGGCCCCUAGAGGGCAGAAUAAAUACAAAAUACAAUGACAGAGACGGACAUGCUAACCUUAUAGAGCUGUUAUAGCUAAUGUGUUAGCAAACAACCUUCAUAUCCAGCAGACAUAGAGCACUGUGGCUACCUAACAAAUACAACAUUCAAAGUACAAUAUUCUCUCUCUUUUUAUCUCGCUUUUAGUCUCCACCAACUCUUAAGAAAAUGUUUUUUUGUCCUACGCUUGCCAGCUGUUUAGCUUCAUUUGUUGUGAUCAGUUAGCAGCGGCUGUACAACAAAAACAAUGAGCCAGAAGACAUUCAGAAUCAUCAUUUGACUCCAUUUCAUCAUCAGAUAUAUUGAUUAAUGCAGGUAUAAACAUUUAAAUAGCUUUGCACAAGCGCAACCAGAUUCACCACCGGACCUCCAUAAUGGCACCAGCUGUGGUCACUUUUAGAGACUGAAAGACCUCCACUGAAGUCCAGCUGAACAAAGAUUAUUUAGCCACAUUCAUUUGCUUUUCCAGCUUUUAACAGCUGUUUUUGUGAAGACGUAGUUCUGCUUUCAUUCUGCCGAGGCUCUAAACUAGAAUAAUCAUGUCAGUAAUAUAUUUUUGAGCAAAUCAUCGGAUGUAACCUCAUAAACUCCAGACUACAAACUCUGACUUCCAUCCUUAUGUACAGCACUAACUUCUGAUCGCCAUCCAUGAGCUGGAUACCUGACUGAGUAAUGUGAUUCUUUAAAGUGUGCACUAUCUUGUUGGAAGCGUCUUUUUUUUUAUUCUCACAAUGUUAAUAUCCACUUGCAUGCGACCACCCUCUGGCUUAUUCUAACCACAGAAAUGCAUCAUGUGAAUCUGACAGCCAACAUAUGAGGAGUUUCAUCACAAGAGGUGACGUGCGAGAGUAUUUUCUCAGUAUUUUACUCACAAACUGUCGCUUAAGCGAAGGUCUUCUAAAACUAUUGUCCACACCUGCUGUCAUGUUAAAAACUGUGCACGUCUUGUAAUGGAACUCUUCGUGUGUGAUCUGCGUUCUGCAUUUUACACGUGUUUCCACAGUUAUGACAUCAGGACAAAGCAGUGAGUUUUGCAUGUAACCUUAGCUAUAAAGCACCUGCUGUAGUACGCACAUUGUGAACAUUGUUGUGCUAGCUCAGGGAAAAUACCAUUUAUUGUCUGAUAGAUGCUGUGGAUUUGAAGUAAACCUCAACUUUAACAUGUACAACCUUUUCAUUGCAACCACUGAACGCACCAGAUUUCACUGUAGCGGUUGAAGGAUAUAACCUGAACUCAAUAUUUUCCUCUCGUUAGUUUCUGUCUAUACAUUUAACUGUAAGAUAUCUCACCAUGGUAGCUCAGUUUCUCUCUCUCUCUAUUAUGUAGGCUGUGUCCUUUAUAGUAAUGUUUUUUGGUGUUUUGAAUGCAUCCCGACAUAUUUGACGGUUUUAGCCGCCUUGCGAUGUUUCCCCCCCCUCACACCUUUGUCAGCUCCCUCGCCUUUCAUGUGUAGAUAUUUGCCAAAACGCGUAUUGCCAAACACAGCUAUGAGCUAAUCACAUAUACAGAAGAUGAAUGCAACUGAAUCUACAUAUCAAACUUGUCAUGGUGACUAUAGCCAUAUUCUUUUGAAUCACUAGCGACAGUUUACAGUUUAACGUGAUGUAGAACUUUGGCGCACCGUCAUGUUGCACAGUAUCAUUCGUCCCGUCAUCCGACUGUAUUUACCUCCUCUUUAAGUCUUUACUAACUUGCUACAUGUAUUUGUUGAAGGUAAUACCUGUAAAAUGAAAGCGGUGUUCGCGGCGAUAGCGACACACAGGUUUAAUAAAUGAAAUAUGUAGCGUACACGGGUGAGACGAGGCGUUCAUGGAUCAGGGAACAGAUUGGCUGUACUGAUACGGGUAGAUGGAGCAUGGCGUCUGUGUUUUUAAAAAUGACUCACAUAAUGAAGAGCGUCACUCUCACAAGAGUAUUGUAUUUUUUUAACAUUUACUCUAAUGCCCUGUAUUUGUACUCAGCACUGAUGAGCGUAAUUUACCAUUUAUUGCACAUAUUGUUACUCACUAUUACAGUAAUUCUCCUUCUAAAUGUUUUUUUUUUUUCAGAACCCAAUAAUAACAGUGAUGUUCUCGUGUGACGGUCACCUUAGCAGUACGAAUUGAGAAUUGUAUAUUACUGAUACUCUUUGUUUUAUGUAAAAGAAGAAAGAAAAAUAAACUAU